AUGGACUUGCGGUCGCUGUCUUGCAAGUCUUGCAUUGUCGUAAUCUUCCUCCUCCUCCUCGUUAAUGAUGUCCGAGCCUACAUACCCACCAAACGGUUCAACGUAGAAGCGUUUGGUGCAGUUGGAAAUGGACGAACCGAUAGCUCAAAGGCAUUUUUGUAUGCAUUUACCAGAGCUUGCCAGUUCAAUGGGUAUAGCAUAUUAUUGGUCCCUAAGGGCACAUUCCUGGUCGGGCCUGUCGUGUUCAAAGGCCCAUGCAGAGGGCCAAUUGAUUUCCAGCUUCGGGGGAUCAUGAGGGCACCAGCGGGUGCGGUUGGCAUGGACCAUUGGAUCUCCUUUCGAUAUAUCGAUAGGCUGAUGAUUUACGGUGGUGGCAUCCUUGACGGCCGAGGCGAAACUGCUUGGCACUACAACGAUUGCUCCAGGAAUUCCAAUUGCCAAUCUCUUCCUGUGUCGCUUCGACUCGAUUUUGUGACCAACUCAGUCGUCCGUGGAAUUACGUCCUUGAAUAGCAAGAACUUCCACAUGAACAUAAUGGGAUGCACCAACCUCAGAAUGGAGCGGCUCCACAUUAUUGCCCCAGCGGAGAGCCCCAACACCGACGGUGUCCACCUCGGUUACUCAGAACACAUCAGGAUCUCCGACUCCAUCAUUGCCACCGGGGACGAUUGCAUCUCACUUGGCCCGGGGAGCAAGAACAUUGAAGUGCUCGGUGUCACAUGUGGACCUGGGCACGGGAUCAGCAUUGGGAGCCUUGGGAAGUAUCAAAAUGAGUUGGAUGUGAGCGGGAUUAAAGUUAGGAACUGCGUGCUGGAUGGCACGGAUAAUGGGUUGAGGAUCAAGACAUGGGCUACAUCGCUUAAGUCGAAAGUGCACGAUAUUACCUUUGAGGAUGUCAUCAUGAAUAAUGUCUACAACCCCAUUUUCAUUGACCAACAAUAUUGUCCAGGCGGAAAUUGCGACAACUCGGUAUCUUCUUCAGUUCAGAUCCAAGAUGUGAUGUUCCGGCGCAUUAGGGGUACUUCGAAGUCGCAAGCUGCGGUGAACCUCAGGUGCAGCAGGUUGUACCCCUGCAAGAACAUCAAACUCGCGGACAUCAACUUGUCCUACAAAGGUCCCGCGAACACCACUUGCUUAAACGUUCAAGCUUCUGCCUGGGGUUUACAGAAGCCUGAUCUUGGAGCUUGCAUCUAA